AUGAUGCUGAAUGUUGCCAGAAGUCCCAUUGUUCGCGGACUAAUCUUCGCCCUGGCAGCGCCCGGGCGGUAUAAAAGCGGCUUCGCCGCCCGUGCCUCGCACCCUGCCACCGCCAUGAUGCGCGCAGUUCUCGUCAUCGCCGCGGCGUGUCUACUGGCGCCGCCGUCGUUGGCGGCUCCGUGGCUCAGGACUCGCGGCCACGGGCGAAUCAUCAACGGCACGGAGGCCGACAUCGCCGACUUCCCCUGGAUGGUGUCGCUGCAGAUCCUGGACGACCACGCGUGCGGCGCCUCCAUCAUCAGCAGCACGUGGGUGCUGACGGCGGCGCACUGCGUCUACGUCUGCCAGCUGUACGCCGACCGCCACAAGAGCAUGCGCGCCGGCUCCUCCAGCCGGGCCAGCGGCGGCGUCCGCCUCGACGUCGCCCAGAUGAUCAAGCACGCCGACUUCCAGAUGCCCACUGACGAGGACCCUGACGUCGACUACGACAUCGGGGUCAUCCAGGUGAGGGGACGUACAAGGGUACGCUAG